UUACCCUCUCAUAAGGAAAUAGUACAUUUUUCUCUGCAGAAAAGCUGUCUAACUCUGUGAGUAGAUGUAGCAGUGGGGUCUUUACAGGCUGAAAGCAUAGUGUGACAAUCAAGCCUGAAAAAUCUCUCUUCCCCCUCACAGCUGACACUUCAUCUGUGCAACUUCCUCAUUCACUGGCUUCUGUCAGAUGUUACUUAAGAGCGCACUCCUGAAACAAGAACGAAAACCGACAUCAAAAAACACACACACACACACACACACACACACAUACAUACACAUAAAUACACAAAAACAUCACCCAACAGAGGCAGAGGGGAGAGCAGCCGGUCCGUGCCUUCUUGUCCUGAUGAAGUGACACAGCUGGACCCUGUGUGGACGGGUUUAUUUUAUUUUUUAUAAUUGAAGCAGGAAACUUCGUGGGGCUGAGCAGGAGUGAGGUGGUCAGGUUAGAAAAGCUGGUUGAGCUCCACUGCCAGCAUGCUCCGGCAGUCUCUGAGCAUCCUGAAGCAGCUCGGCUCUGCGGCAAAGUCACAUGAUGCCACUGAACUUCUACACGAGGACCUGGUCAUGGUGGAGCAGCGAGUGGAACCGGCCAAAAAGGCGGCUCAGGUCCUUCACAAGAAGCUGCAGUGCUGCAUGCAGAGUCAGCUCGGGCUGGAGGCUGAAAAACGAAUGAAAAAGCUCCCUCUGAUGCUGCUGUCCAUCAGCAUGGCAGAGAGCCUCAAAGACUUUGAUGCCGAGUCCUCUAUCAGGAGAGUGCUGGAGAUGUGCUGCUUCAUGGAGAAGAUGUUGGCCAACAUGCUGGCCGACUUCGAGAUGAAACUGGAGAAGGAAGUGCUGGAGCCGCUCAACAAGCUCAGCGAGGAUGAUUUACCAGAUAUUCUCAAGAACAAGAAGCAAUUUGCAAAGCUCACUACAGACUGGAACAACGCAAAAACCAGGAGCCAGGCCAGCACUGGUCCCCAGGCAAAGCAGGAUGGGCUUCGAGAGGAAGUGGAAGAAGCUUGGAGGAAGUUGGAGAGCAUCAAGGAUCAGUACUCUGCAGAUCUGUAUCACUUUGCGACUAAAGAAGAUGACUACGCUAACUACUUCAUUCGGCUUCUCGAGCUGCAAGCAGAGUACCACAAAAAUUCACACGAGUUCCUGGAAAAAAACAUCUGCGAGCUCAAAGAGAAUCAUAGUCAAAAAGGGCCAACGCAAAGCCUCUCUAAUCAGAAGGUCUACGGCGAGCCUCUGCUGACUCAUCUGACUCAAAGCAACAGAGAAAUCGCUGCGCCCAUCCAGGAGUGUAUUCACAUGCUGCUGAGAACGGGCAUGUUGGAGGAGGGUCUGUUUCGUCUGGCGGCGGCGGCCUCCGUGGUGAAGCGGCUGAAGACUUGUCUGGAUCAGGGAACGGUGGACCACAGCGAUUUCAGCAUGGACCCUCACGCCGUGGCCGGAGCUUUGAAGUGUUACUUUCGAGAACUGCCUGAACCUCUAAUGACCUCUGAACUCUACAACGACUGGUUUAAAGCAGCAGGGGAAAAAGACUUGACAGAGAAGCUGGAGCGGUUCAAAGAGCUGCUGAAGAAACUGCCACCUGAAAACUACAACAACCUCAGGUACCUGGUCCAGUUCUUGUCUCUGUUGUCGGAGCAACAGGCUGUGAACAAGAUGACGCCCAGUAACAUCGCCAUCGUCCUGGGACCCAACCUGCUCUGGCCACGAGCUGAAGGGGAAGCGGCUCUGCUCGACAUGGCGUCAGCUUCUUCUGUCCAGGUGGUCACUGUCAUUGAGCCUCUCAUUCAGUACAGCUCCAGCCUCUUCCCUGAAGCUGUCUCCUUUGAGAUCCCAGAUCUUCCCGAGGUCCCGGAUGUGACCCUUCCUGUUCCUGUUGCCCAGUCUCAGAUGUCAGAAAAGGAGAAACUGAGCAGAGCGGUCUCCUGUUCAUCCACAGCCUCCUCCGGCUCCUCUCAUCACUUCCCUCUCUCCAAGACCAACAGCACAGCCUCUCAGGACAGUGGUGGCUUCUUCCUGGUGAAAUCUGGCUCUGUGAGUCGCAGUGGCACCUCCACAUGGGGCGGCCCUGUAGCUGAGCCAGCAGCGCCGACCCAUCCAAACACAACAUCCAGCAUCUCAUCAUCCCACAAUCCCAGCCCUAUUCAGGCCUCCAAUACUUCCGCUGCCUGCAGCUCGACGGCGAACCAGAGCCUAUCCCAACUUCCUAGAGCCACAGGAUCAGCGCCAAACCCGGGUCAGGCCAAGUGUCCCACCCAGAAGCAGUGCUCGGAUCAGGGCCAGCUGGAGCCAAUUUUGGAGGCAACUCCAGACUCUCCCAGAGCAUUAGUGAAGAUGACCUUACCGUACAAACCAAAAAGAUCCUACAACCCAAACAAAGCUAGCGAGCAGGCGACGGUUCAGUUCUCCAAACCGAGACCCUCAGGGCCUCCCAAGCCCCAGGUCCCUCCCGUCCCCGCCACAGCCCCAGCGGCCACGGACACUAGGACCCAGCCGACGCCUGCACCCCGAGCUCAGGGGCCCGGCGUGAAAAAGCCUCCGCCGAAAAAGCCUGGACUCAAAGCGCCAAACUGCCCUCCGCCACUUCCUCCUCCAACACAGGCAAAAGAACUUCCUUCCGUGGCUCAGUGAGAAAAAUUGACGUGUGUCGUGUGAAUUUUCUCGUUGUGGUUGGUGAAGAGCAGCGGAAACACUUAUUCUUAUUCUGAGUUCAGGUGUCGCAGUUUAUUCUACUUUUUUUAAAUAUUUUUUUAUCUACCAAUGUUUUCAUAACCACUGUAUCAUUUAUUUAUUUGUCAGCUACUGGUGUCCUUGUAUUUCCCAGAAUGCAAUGUAAGUGCAGAAAAGCAAAUCUUUUUGGUUAAAAAAAAAAAAAUAGAAAUCACAUGAAAAAAGAAAAAGCCUAAACAAUAAAUUAAGCCAUAUUACCAAAUUCCUUUCACAAGUAGCAAGUGGAUUUUUCUACAAAUCUAGUACGAGCAAAUUAUUCCUUGAGAUUUCACGUUUCAGUUGUUAAAUGAUUCUCCACCCAAAGUCUGAUUUUUCACCAGAGGACGACGGCUGUGGUAAAUAACAAACUUUUCUUGGACCAGCUGUCGGCCUUUAUCUUCCAGGAUUUCAGGUGGAAUAUCACUUUAAACUGACCUUUUAAAUGUAAAACAUAUACAUGUAAAUAAAACGCUAUUCAGCCUAAUUAAAAACAUCUUUAUUGUCAA